GGAUUCGUGGCAGUGGCAACAUGAACGAAAAACGAAAGGUGCCUCUGAAUACACUUGGUCCUUUGAAGAAGGACAAGGACAAAGCUAAGGAGAAGAAAAUUUCUCCUGUUAAAGCAUUGAGGUUCUCGUUAGAGUUGUCGGAAACGACGGACACGUCAUGUCCCAUAUUCAUCUACCGGGAUCUCCUAGGAACAGCCAUGGGUGGUGGUAAGCAUCGCUUGGAUAAUUAUGAUGAUCUUGGAGAUGGCUACGAUGAGUCAGACUCAUUCAUUGACAACACAGAGGCUAUUGAUGAGCUCUUGCCUGCUAACCUGUCUCCCCUUCAUGGUGGUUUUUACAUAAAUUGUGGGAAGUUACAGUUCAGGAAAGUGGAUCCUAAGGCCACUGCAGAAGCUGACUAUACAAGAUCUGCUCAGAGGAAGAAGAUUCGAAGAAUAUCAAGCUCUUCUUCUGAGGAAAAUGAAGCGAAUGAAGAAGCAAAGGAGAGUGGAGAUGAGGAGAAACUUGAGAAUGCACGGGAAACAAUGCUAAAAUCAGUUGUGAGAGAUGGAGAGAAUUCUGUUUCUUCUAUAUCCUCUGCCAAGAAGAAAAAACUUUUCCUGAAGCGGCCACAUGCUGGUGAAGAGUAUAGAAGUAUCAAAAAGAAGAAAAUCACAGAAAUGUUGAAGAAGAAAAAGAAGAAACAGACCUUGUCUGUCCGGGAAAUGCUUGAGAAGAAGCGUACCAAUUCUUCUGCAGAAAAUGACAAGGAAGGCAAACCUAAUGGGCUGUCAGAGGAGAAAAAGAAGGAGAAGGAAGCUGCUAUUGAUGAGACCAUUGAAAGUGUGGUGAAGGCAGCUCAUAAUAAGACUGUCAUUACACCUACUAGUAUGCCUCCCAAAAAUGAGACUCCUGAAUCUCCUCCUAUGACUCCUCCACCUGUAUUGAAGAGGGAGACUGUAGCAAAAUCAUUAAGUGAAUCUGAGUCAAGUUCUCAAAGUGUCAGCAGUGAAAGUCAUUCAGGAGAAGGAGAAGAAAUCAAGCCAAAGCCACAGUCUCCUGCCCCCAUAGUAGCAUUACCUGAAAAAUUGGCUCCAGAGAUUUUGGAGAUUGUGGAAGAUCUGAAGGGUUCAGAAACAGUUUCUCCUGAAUUUCAGAAAAUACUUUUAAGGUUGGAGAAAGCUGUGAAGUGGAUGGAUGUGGAAUCCCGGAACCAGGUCUUUUCCCAUCUUGGAGCCAUGAUUCAAGGGUGCAGUGCUGAAGGACUCAUGAGGCUGGGAAUCCAAUUGUACAAGGAGGAAAAUGACCGAAGACUCCAGCUACCCCUUGAUCGGCUGAAGCGUGCGAUAGAGACUGUGAUGCCUGAUUUAGUGAAGAAGCAUGCUGAAGAAUGCAAGGCUGCCAUGGAAUCAGCUGCUGGAUUGGAGGUGGGGAGUGGAGGGGAUGAGGAAAGUGGUGGAGAAGGAGGUGGCAAGGAACCUAGAAAGAAGAAAAUGCCUCGACGAAAGUUUGAAUGGACCGAUGAAGUCAGGGAGUUAUUUUUAGAUGUUAUGCGGAUUCGGGUGAAGAUGUUUGAAGAAGAGACACCUGUGAAUGUCACAGCCGAGGAGUACCUGAAGGAGUUCCUUGAGAUUCAUAUCAAGCCAUUGUGGCCCAAGAACUGGAUGAAUUCCAGAGAUUUAUACAAGGAAUCUCGAAUCACACAUGCUCAUCUCACGUCAGUUCUGUUUCCUUCUACCCGUGCUCCAUACCUGGAUUUUUUUUCAUGCAAAUGUGACCUGCUGAAGAGCCAACAGUUGGCCCAAGAGGCACUUAAGUCUGUGUUUGGGAGGACAGCAGCUCAAGAAGCAGAAGCUUCCAAGUCUUCCCCCCCUGUGCCUGCUUCCAUUCCAGCUCCAAUUCCUCCUCCUCCACAAUUGUCUCCUCAAGUGCCAGUUCGAAGUGGGACUUCCAGUGGUCACGAAACCACACCCGAAACAAGUCCCUUGAAAGUGAGUCCAUAUGCUGGAGCUGGUGAUGCCAGCAAUGCCAAAGUUUCCCCACACAAGAGUCCAUCUCAUCACAUAGAGCUGAACAAACCCUGCCCAAGUUCGAAAAUCACUGAACAGCAACCCAAUUUGUUAUCCAUCACCCCCCAACAGAAAUUAUCAUGCUUUGAAGAGGUCUUUAGAGCAUCUGCACUUGGUGAAGCCAUCACAAAGACCAAGGCACAACCCAUGGCUGAUCUCCUUAACAUGACUCACUCCCAGAGCUCAUUACCCAUUUCCUCAUGUAACCAAACAACAGUGAAUUCCUCUACAAACAUCUUGAAUGCUUCCCCACGUUUAGGGAAUACAGAAAGUUUUAAAGCUCCCAGUACAAUUUCAUCUCACAAGCAGGCCCCACCUCAAGUUUCUUCAACAGGCAACACCUAUGUGACUCCUCACACCAUGUCAACCACUUAUCAGACCUCCUCUCUGUCUGUGAAUGCCAAAGUGAUGCCUGUAUCAGCACAUUCUCAAGUCCAAAGAAGUCAGAAGGUUCUUCCAUUCAUCCAUCAUGAGAAGGCCAGUAGGCCUGCAAUUUCUCCUCUGUCAGUGCAGUCCGCUUCCUUGGAUCUCAGUCAACAUGGACAAAUGAGAACACAGCCAGCAGGCAAGUGUUCACCAAAACCUUUGGCUGAACCACAGAAACAAAAAGCAAUGGACUUCUCCAUAAAGAAGAGUGAUUCCCCAUCCUUCCCUGUUUUGGCCCUAGACUCAGAGCUGAAUUUUGUUGGGAAUGCCUUAAACGUUGUGGUGCCAAAGAUGUCCAAUGAAGCUCAUAUGUCUGAAUCUCGGCCAUCAUCAUCAUCAUCAUCAACUGUGGCAGUGGUUCAGCCAAUGAAUGCUUGUGUGACUCGUACACAUGCCCAGUCAGUCAAUACCCCUACUGCUGAUCUGCUCAGCCAAGCAGUGAACUCUUGCAUUGGUACCAACUGGGAAUCAUCUAGUGGAACAGUUCCCACUGCCAAAGUUACAGAUGCAGGCCACUGGCAAAGGUGGCAGCAGCAGACAGUAAAACCAGACUCAUCGGUCACAUAUCCGCCAAAGAAGGCGUAUAUGUUUGAUAUGAGCCAGCUCAUGGAACGAGAAGUCACUAAUCUUAUGACUGAGCCCUCAGAAGGCCUUGCUCAGAGGAUACCCAACAACCCUACCAUUCAUCAGUCCUACAAUGUCACUAGUGGUUAUCAGAAGCAUGUUCAUCAUAGCAGUGGAUCUGAAACAGGGAACAGCAGUACCUACCGCACUUCUUCCCCAUUCCAUCUUCCAUCUCCUCGAGAUGGGCAACCUCCAUCUCACGGGAUGUUAAAUCGCCACUCUCCUUCCCAUGCCACAUCAACAGUGCUUCAAAGGCAUCAGAGUGAUCCUGGAAGUGCUAAUAUUCCCCAUAACUUGUACUCAAGUGCAUAUGCCACCAGUACCUUCAGUUAUGACCAAUUGGUCCACAGUGGACAGUUCCAGACUGGAGGAAGACCAGUUGCAGGAGGAGUAGGGAGAGGGAGAGGCAGGGGAGAUGGUGGACUGCAUAACCAGCCACAUCAGCAUCCUGGGUAUUUCACGUUCCCUCAACAAUCCGUCCAGUCUCAGGGUGAUGACAGGAGCAGGCCUUCUGCAUCUUACCUUCAUCGAGAACAAUGGCUGAGCACUCUAGCCUAUGUGAUAGUUGUGAUAGGAGUUGGGUUGCCCCUUUGGUGGAAGACUACCACUGUCUACCGGGCCCACAUCCCCCAUGGGGAGAUUGCUGAUCUCGAUGACAUAUCCCUCCUUCAGACAAUUCAUGUUGUCCUUCACUAUCGUCCAGAGUCUAUGGAAGCAGCCUUUCUCCAAAAACACAUUGCAGCGCUGAACAAUGAUGUUUUGAAAUACAACGUGACAGUGAAGUCUUUGCCGUCAACCUGGCUUCGGAUUGUCAGGAAGCAUGCCAGGCUGGACUCUCUAUUCCAAGAUGAGAUGCCUGUUGACAUUCCAGGCACAAUUCACAUUGUAGAAAUACCCAAGGAUGCACAAGACAUCAUGAAGGGUGCUGUCAUCCAUGUCAGUCACCACAGAUACAUUGCAAUACUGCAAGAAGGAGGUGCAAAGAGUGAAUACCUUCUGCCAGCACUGGCUCAUGUGAUAGGUGACAGGAGCCUGAGGCAGAGUCUGUUGCCCAAAGACAAACGUCCUCUUCGGGGAGUACAGAGCUCAGCUGCUUAUGACCUGCAUUUUUGUAUCCUUAUCCCAAAUCCUGAACUGUCUCAGAAAGUAUCCUGGGACAUCCAGUCUGCCAUCACAGAUUUCCUGGAUCCAUUUAUGAAGAAAUUGGAAGACCUGGCAGAAUUCUCAACAACAUCACAGUACCUGUAUCUCACUCCACUUCCUCUAGAAGCACAUUGGAAUGAGAAGGCCAAGUGGUAUUCCAUUCCUGUGGAGCAGUUACCUCAUGCCAUCACACCAAUUGAGAAACAUCUUGGAUCAUACAUCUCCCUCAACCCAGGCCUGAACUUUGUCCUCUAUGUCCAUCCAGCCUUUGGCAAGAACUUUCCUCUUCAGAUCACAAACAGCAAAGGAGAUCCAGUGUCAUCCAAUGCAUACAUAUCUCCCCGAUGGGGAGGGAUUCAUAUUUAUAACCAAAAGGAUGAAAAUACUUCUCUCAUUCCAUCUAGUCAAUACAUGGCUGUCUUUGUGACCCAACUUCGCCAAUUCUUUGGGCUUGAACUGGAGGAUCCCAAGUGGCCUGGUGUAGCAUUUCAGCAUGUGAACCUGCGACAUAGCAUUCGAGACUGGGAAGUAGACUCACUACUCCGCCUGCACACCUUGGAGAACCUCCUGUCUACGAGACAUAGCCUCCAGAGCCUAUCUCAGCUGGUGAGGAAGAUAGGGAACCUGGUGAUACGUGAUGAGAUUGGGGAUGAGAUACAGCAAUCCUUAAAAAGUUUCCAUGAAGCAGCUAGUCCUGGAACAAGCCUGAAGGAGUCUCACAAUGCAUCCAAGAAAGCCAGCAUCUUUGGAAAUAAGGCCUUCUUUGAUGAGUCCCUUCUGGAGCUUUUAUACUUCCCUGACGAUCAGAAGUAUGCCAUCUACAUUCCCUUGUUCCUGCCUGUUGGGAUACCUGUGUUAGCCUCUGUUCGACAGUUGAUUUUGUGGAUAAAAAAUAAAGAGUGAUAGUACCAUUUGCUCCCCUCUGA